GCAGACCGGUGCAACCAGCUGCAACGUCACUUUUCUGGCAUAUGACGUCAUUUCCAGUGGCAAGGACGACCCGGAAGUGAAACUCUGAGAUGACAACAUGGAGAACACAUGGACAGAUCUGGACGUGAAGCUGUGUGAUUCGACGCACGACACACUGAAAGAGCUGGGGUUUCAACACAUGACUCCUGUACAGGCAGCCUGUAUCCCACUCUUUAUGUCCAACAAAGAUGUCGCAGCAGAAGCUGUUACAGGCAGUGGAAAGACGUUAGCUUUCGUCAUCCCCAUCUUAGAGAUUCUGCAGCGGAGAACAGAGAACUUAAAGAAACAUGAAGUAGGAGCUUUAAUCAUCACACCCACCAGAGAACUGGCCCUGCAGAUAGAUGAAGUUUUAUCAGCUUUCACAAAAAGACUGCCACAGCUGAGUCAACUUCUUCUAAUUGGAGGUGGGAAUCCUGUGGCAGACAUCAAGAAAUACCAAGAAAAUGGGGCCAACAUCAUAGUCUGCACACCUGGACGACUAGAAGACAUCCUUCGCAGGAAAGAGGAUGGCUUAAACCUGGCCGGACAUCUCAAGUCUUUGGAAGUGUUAGUGCUAGAUGAAGCAGACAGACUGUUGGACAUGGGGUUUGAGAUAAGCAUCAACACCAUCCUGUCGUACCUGCCCAAACAGCGGAGAACAGGUCUGUUCUCAGCCACACAGACUAAAGAGGUGGAGGCUCUGGUCAGGGCUGGGCUCAGGAACCCUGUCAGAAUCACGGUCAAGGAGAAAAAUGUCGCAGAAAAUGUACAACAAAGAACACCUGCCACAUUAGACAACCUGUACAUGAUGUGCAGAAGUGACGAGAAGUUGAACCACCUGGUAGCCUUCCUCCGUUCCCAUGGCAACGAGAAGCACAUGGUGUUCUUCAGCACCUGUGCCGGGGUGGACUACUUCUCCAGUGCUCUCAGGGAACUUCUGAAGAACACAAGAGUCAUGUCGAUCCAUGGGAAAAUGAAGCAGAAGAGAAACAAGAUAUUUGCACAGUUCAGACAGGCAGAAAGUGGAGUUCUGGUGUGUACUGAUGUCAUGGCCAGAGGAGUGGAUAUCCCAGAGGUCAACUGGGUUCUGCAGUUUGAUCCACCAAGUAAUGCAAGUGCAUUUGUACAUCGGAGUGGUCGUACAGCCAGGAUGGGCCGUGAGGGCAGUGCUGUGGUGUUCCUACUGCCCGAGGAGGACACGUACAUAGAGUUUAUAGCAAUCAACCAGAAGGUUACCCUGACACAGUUCAGACCUGAUUAUGAGGUAAAAGAUGUGCUGCCAAAACUCAGGAAAAUGUCCCUAAAGGACAGGGCCAUGUAUGAGAAGGCCAUGCGGGCUUUCGUGUCCUUUGUACAGUUCUACCGCAAACACGAAUGCAGCCUUAUCUUCAGGUUCAAGGAUCUUCACAUCCCCAGUUUAGCCAAAGGAUUUGGGCUGCUGAAAAUUCCCAGCAUGCCUGAGCUGAGGGGGCAACAGUUCCCAGAAUUCAUUGCCGCAGAUGUUGACAUCAGCAACAUCCCAUACAAAGACAAGCAAAGAGAGAAGUUGAGACAGCAAAGGCUCAGAGAAGGAGUUACAGAAGACAAGAGGAAGAAGUUCAAACAAAAGUCAUCAUCCUGGUCUCAGCAAAAGGAAGCCAAAGGGAAAAAGCAGGACAGAAGAAUGAGAAAAGAAAUGGCUGGGAAAAGAAAGGUAGAACAGACACUGAAAGAAGAAGAGGAUGACUUGGCCGAGUUGGCACGAGAUACAAGGUUAUUAAAGAAGCUGAAGAAGGGAAAGAUUACUGCAGACAGCUGUGACAAAGAGCUGCUGGGAGAGGGGAGUGAGGAAGACAGUGAAGAGGAGGUAGAGGGGUGAUCAUCUUACAGGAUUGAGAUGAGAUUGCCCUGGGAAGUCUCUAUUUUCAAACUAACAGAAAUGCCAAUCUUCAGUUGAGAUCCAUUAAAACUCUUUGUUACUGUUUGUUACUGAAAAGAUUUUUAACUGAUAUGGAGAAAUUAUAUCAAAAGACUUAAAAGAAAAAUUACUUGUACCCUAUUUUAGUAGUAAUUAUGGUAUACCUCACAUAGUGCCAAUAUUGUAUAUCCUUAUUCAAAUGAAGAAAUUAAAGAAUUGUCCAUACGGGUAGGUAAACUUCAAUAGAAUAAAGUGGGAACAAAAA